GUAUGACAGGUCUUCAAUUGUGUAGUUAGUAGAUACAGUAGGUGUAGUAGGCAGCUAUUUUAGAGUAAUUACGGUAAAAACACCAACGCCGCUCGUAGAGUUAAGGAGGCCGAACAUCCAGUGACAGCAAGACUCAAAUCUACUCUAACACUACGAGGUUCAAGAGUGUGCUGUAAGGAAGCGUGUUUUUAGUUAUGACGAACCCUUAUGCACACACUAUUGAGCCUCUGGACCCCCAGAAGCCUGACCACAAGUUUUUCAACCUUAAAAAACUUAAAGACCCCAGAUAUGACCAACUUCCCUUCUCCAUCCGUGUGCUGUUGGAGUCUGCAGUGAGGAACUGUGAUGAGUUCCUGGUGAAGAAGGAGGAUGUGGAGAAAAUCCUCAACUGGAAGGUGACGCAGAGUCAGACUGUGGAGGUGCCUUUCAGACCGGCCCGCGUCAUCUUGCAAGACUUCACGGGGGUUCCUGCAGUGGUCGACUUUGCAGCCAUGCGUGAUGCAGUGAAAAAGUUACAGGGCGACCCUGAGAAGAUAAAUCCAGUUUGUCCGGCAGACCUUGUCAUAGAUCAUUCCAUUCAGGUUGACUUCAACAGGAAGUCUGACAGUGUUCAGAAAAACCAAGACCUUGAAUUUGAAAGGAACAAGGAGCGAUUUGAGUUUUUAAAGUGGGGUUCUAAAGCAUUCCAGAACAUGCGGAUCAUUCCUCCGGGUUCAGGAAUUGUCCAUCAGGUCAAUUUGGAGUACCUGGCCAGGGUUGUGUUUGACCAGGAUGGUUUCUUCUACCCGGACAGUCUUGUGGGAACAGACUCCCACACAACCAUGAUUGAUGGGUUGGGAGUGCUGGGCUGGGGUGUGGGAGGUAUUGAAGCAGAGGCGGUCAUGUUGGGUCAACCCAUCAGUAUGGUGCUGCCAGAGGUCAUUGGCUACAAACUACAGGGGACACCCAACAAAUUUAUCACCUCCACUGACAUAGUCCUUACUGUCACCAAGCAUUUGCGGCAAGUUGGUGUGGUUGGGAAAUUUGUGGAGUUCUUUGGCCCUGGUGUUGCCCAGCUGUCUAUCGCUGACCGUGCCACCAUCGCCAACAUGUGCCCAGAGUAUGGAGCCACCGCUGCCUUCUUCCCUGUAGACCACAUCAGCAUUCAAUAUCUGAAGCAGACGGGGAGAGACAUGGAGAAUCUAAGGUACAUAGAAAAGUAUCUGAAAGCGGUGGGCAUGUUCAGAGACUACAGCAACACUGCUCAAGAUCCACAGUUCACUCAGGUUGUUGAGUUGGACCUCAGUACGGUCGUCCCCUGCUGCAGUGGUCCUAAACGGCCACAUGACAAAGUGGCUGUAUCAGACAUGAAGCAGGACUUUGAAGCAUGUUUAGCGGCCAAGCAAGGCUUUAAAGGAUUCCAGGUGGCUCCUGAGCGCCAUGAUGUUCGAGUGCCAUUCCAGUUUAACGGCGCAGAGUAUUCACUCUCUCACGGAUCUGUGGUCAUCGCCGCCAUUACAAGCUGUACCAACACCAGUAACCCCUCAGUCAUGCUGGGAGCAGGUCUCUUGGCUCAGAAGGCAGUACAGUGUGGUCUCAGUGUCAAGCCGUACAUAAAGACCAGUCUGUCUCCAGGUAGUGGAGUGGUUACCUAUUACCUUAAAGAGAGUGGAGUCAUGGACUUCCUCACACAAUUAGGUUUUGAGGUAGUUGGUUAUGGCUGCAUGACCUGCAUUGGAAACAGUGGACCCCUUCCAGAGCAGGUUGUAGAAGCGAUUACUCAGGGUGAUUUGGUUGCUGCUGGUGUUUUGUCUGGAAACAGAAACUUUGAGGGUCGUGUCCAUCCCAACACACGUGCCAAUUACUUGGCCUCUCCUCCGCUGGUCAUUGCCUAUGCUAUUGCGGGCACUGUGAGGAUAGAUUUUGAAAAAGAGCCUUUAGCUGUGAACUCUAAGGGAAAAGAGAUUUUCCUAAGGGACAUCUGGCCCACACGAGAGGAAAUCCAUGCGGUGGAGAGACAGUUUGUCAUUCCUGCCAUGUUUAAGGAGGUUUAUGAGAAAGUUGAGAAAGUGAAUGAACGCUGGAACGCCCUGAAAGCCCCCUCUGACAAACUGUAUACCUGGAAUUCCAGUUCUACUUACAUAAAAUCUCCACCUUUCUUUGAUGGACUGACCCGGGAGCUCCAGACACCAAAGCCCAUAACAGAUGCAUAUGUACUGCUCAAUUUGGGAGACUCCGUGACCACAGACCACAUCUCGCCUGCUGGUAACAUUGCACGUAACAGCCCUGCUGCACGCUACCUAACUGGCCAUGGACUCACUGCAAGAGAGUUUAACUCAUACGGUUCUCGCCGAGGCAACGACGCAGUCAUGGCUCGAGGCACAUUUGCUAACAUCCGCCUAUUUAACAAGUUUAUAAACAAGCAAGGACCAUGUACCCUCUAUCUUCCUACAGGGGAGACGAUGGAUGUAUUUGAUGCUGCAGAAAAAUAUCAGCAGGCUGGUCAUUCUCUCUUGAUUCUGGCAGGCAAAGAGUAUGGAUCAGGAAGCUCUAGAGAUUGGGCAGCUAAAGGACCCUUCCUGCUGGGCAUCAAAGCUGUACUAGCAGAGAGUUACGAGCGGAUUCAUCGCAGUAAUCUGGUGGGCAUGGGCAUCAUUCCUCUUGAGUACCUGCCGGGUGACAGCGCUGAAAGCCUCGGGCUCACUGGCCGCGAGCGAUACACUGUGAUGAUUCCCCCACAGCUCACUCCCAGAAUGACUGUGGACAUCAAGCUGGACACAGGGAAAACAUUUCAGGCUAAGAUGAGGUUUGACACGGAUGUGGAGCUCACUUACUUCCAUCAUGGUGGAAUCCUCAACUACAUGAUUCGCAAGAUGUCUGAAAAUUAAGAUGGAAAGGACACCCUCUUCAGGACGUUCUAAACGCACAUAUCCAGCAUCUAGAUACUUGUUUUGUCCUAUCAGUGUUUCUUUUUUUUUUUCUUAUUAUAGGGAUAGUUCACCGAAAAGUGAAAAUUAUCCCAUGAUUUACUCUCCCUCAAGCCAUCCUAGGUGUAUAUGACUAUCUUCUUUCAGACAAACAUAUUU